AUGCCAGACUCAAAAGCCUCUAAGUACCGCCUCAGGGUCACCGCAGGCAGCGGCUACGACCCAUCAACCCAGCAAGACGUACCCGUCAACGAACCCAAAACCCUAAAGAUCGAAAACGACCACGCAAAGACAAACCUCGCUGUCCGAAUCCAAAACUACACCGGCUUCCCCGACAACGCCCCGCACACGCACCCCUACUUCAACCAUCCCCUCCACAAAAAAGACCAAUACUCCAUCUCCUUCGCCAUCUGUUUCAAACAACCCGUCAACGGAAACGACCUCAUUUUCGGCAACGACUUUGACCGCCCCAUCCGCGACAGACUCCCGCCCGGCUUCAACGCAGCCCUCCGUCUCGUCCAGUGGACGAUCGAUCCCACCCUCGACGGCGACGCGUACGCAGACAAGCCGUAUCUGUAUAGUCCGGCUGUCGCGACGUGGAACCAGUUUCGGGUUGGGGAGAAGGUUGAGAAUGGACUGCCGGAUGUACAUGAUGUCGUUGUUGAAGAGGGUGGCGAGGGGGAUGGGGAUGAUGGCGGGGUGAGUGUGAGAGAGGGGAAGGGUGUGCCGGGGACUGUGGCGGAGCGGAGGAGUCACUUCCGGGAUGAGGCGAAGAGGAAGGACUGGGAGUUUGAGGCUGGGAGGGUCUAUUGGGCGGAUUUUGGGAAUCAGUAUUUGGAUUUCAAUCAAUUCAUACUCCGCCUUCCUGGGUUCAAUAUCAAUGCGUUGAACUAUAUAGAUGAGAAGACGCAUUCGCUGCGAUAUGUGUUGAAGAAUCGGGCGACGGGGGAGGUUUAUUUUGUUGUGCUGUUUACGUUGGUUUUAUUGGAGGAUGAAGGGCAAGGUUCUGCUGCAGGAGAACAAACUGGGGGUGGGACUGGUAAAGCGGAGGCUGAUGGUAGGUUCAACUGGGAAGAGGCGCCGUCUGCUGCUGAUGUAGAGUAG